AUGGCGACCUUCACAGUUAUUACUUUCCCUUCUGCUUCUAGCAAUCAAGAUGUCAAAAUAGCGGGAAACUUCACCAACUGGCAACAAGAAAGUUUGAAAUUCAAUCAGAUAAAUCAUAGAUUUGAAUACAAAGUUGAUGAAUUAAUUGAUGGCUCUACCAAUGGGAAAUACAGCUUCAAAUUCAUUGUUGAUGGUAACUGGCAAGUUGAUCAGGAUUACCCUUCAGAAUUUGAUCCAUCAGGUAAUGAGAAUAAUGUCAUUCUUUAUGAUUAUACUUCAAAUAAAUCAGUAUCAUCUGAUCAAAUCACUAAAAUCAAGGACCAAGUUUCGCACGAGAACGAAUUGGAACCUGAAACCCCUGAUCCAACCCCUUAUAACCUUUCAAAACAAAGCACUAACGCACAACAAGUUUCAAACGCAGCUUUAAAUGAUAAGAAGAAUGAAACUGAUUCCAGUGCCACUAUCACUGAUGCCACUGUUGCUGCUGCUGCUUCUGCUGUUGCAGGUAUUAGUGCUGCCGCAAAUUUAGAUUCUAAAUCAAAUAAUGCAACUUCAAUCACUGGAGACAAAAAUAUUGAAAAACCUUCAGGUGCUACCCCAUUCAAUAAGGAAAUUAAGACAGUUGCAGCUAAAGAAACUAUAGAAAAUAAGACUGAAUCCAAAGAUUCUGGUAAGCCAUCCAAUGAUUCCAAAGAUUUUAUCACAUUAACUGAGCCAACUAAAGCUGAAAAACCAAUUUCCUCCAAAAGGUCAUCAAUCCCUGGUCCAGAACCUGCCCAAGCACCUGAAGUUCCAAGUAAAACUCAAGAACCACUUAAAACUUCUUCUAAAAGUGGUAAUUUUUCUAAUAAAUAUGAGCCUUCAUUACCUCAACCUGUUUCCAGACCUGAGAUCCCUACUCCCACUGCAGCUUUAAAGGUUCCAGAUCAAUUGUCUGAAAGUUCCAAAGAAGCACCAUCUGCAAAAGCUUCACAAAUUCCUUUAAAUCCAAAAUCAUUUGAAGAAUCACAAUCACCAUUGAAAGAUCCAAAAGUUUCAUCAGCCAAAGAGAUUAGUAGAGGUGCAAAAUCACAACAUUCAAAAGUGACUGAAACUGUUCCAAAUUCUCAACCACAAUCAUCAUCUCAAAAUACAAGAAACAUAAAUGGUGACCCAAAUGGUGGGGAAAGCAACUAUACUUCCAAUCCAUCCACAACUUUUCAUUCAAAUGAAAACACUAGACCAUCAACUCAGCUUACUCAACAUACGGAUUCUCAACCACCUUCUCAAGGUAAAGAAUUUCCGGAAUAUAGUAUUGGGUUUUUUGCAACUAUAUUACACGUCAUAACUCAAUUUUUUAGACGUUGGUUUGGUGAAUAA